CUAGGCAUCAUCGGGUGAAGUUAAUUCGCUCCUGCAAUUUUUGAUUUUUUUCCCCUUCAACUCCAAAGCUAUGGCGUCAUUCGGGAGGAAGCAAGGUGUAGCGAUGGUUACCAAUCUGUUGAAAACCCUUCUAAGACCCCCGGUCACUAGUUUCCCUUCCGGCUCGAGGAGUAUUAACGGCAGCGCCGCCGGCAUCGUUAGCAGCGAGAUCUUCACCUCUCACACUGCUAAAUGGAUGCAGGAUAUGAACAAAAAAUCUCCAAUGGAGUUGAUCAAUGAAGUUCCACCAUUGAAGGUGAAUGGCAGGAUUGCUGCCUGUGAAGGAGAUAGUAACCCUGCACUUGGACAUCCAAUUGAGUACAUAUGCCUUGAUCUGGAUUCACCUGCGAUUUGCAAGUACUGCGGCUUACGUUAUAUCCAAGAUCACAGUGGUCAUCACCAUUGAGAUGCUGAAAAUCAACCAUUUGUCUUCUUAUGCAACUGCCCUAAUGAAACAGGACUGCAUCCGCUUAUCAACUGUAUACUGUGAACCUCAUUUUAAUUCUGCAAAUUGAUGGUGGCCUUCUGUAAUAACAACUAUAUUAUGUCUUUAUGAACAUGAAUUGUUGUGUUUAAGUGAAUAUUUCAUUACUAUGUGGAUGAGGAGAACAGUGUAGAGUUCAAUUAUUUUAGUCGAACAUAACAUGGAAAUGAGUCCUUAAGGGGCGUGUUUGGUCAAAACAGUUGGAAUGUAUAAUGAUCUAGUCCGGAUGG